UUUACAACAUGCGCCUGCAGUUGUGUUUUAACAAACACCCAGUAGUGCAUUUCUUUUCUCAUUCGCACUUGGACAUUGGACUGAAGAUGAAAUGUGCCUAAAAUAGUUUUUGAUAAACUCCGGGCGGUUAUCGUGUAGUCAAGACAGAGUCAGGGCUGUGUCGUGCAUCACAGUACAUACAUCAACAUGGAUGAAGCGAACAGCGAACUCGGGGUAGUGACUAUCGAUGGAACUACGUUUGACUCGGAUUCCAGUGGACAGGACAUCGUUACAGUAACAGAUCGAAGUGGCCACACCUUAAAGUUUCAACUAUUCCAAGGAGUACAUUAUAUACCUUUGUAUAAUGUCGCUACACUUCAACAAAUCAAAGGUUUCAAAAUGAGGCCAGAUGACAUUUACUUCAGCGGAUAUCCUCGAACAGGGACAAACUGGACAUUCGAAAUGACAAGCAUGCUUCUUAAUGGUAAAGCUGAAACCAUCCAAAGAGCCAAGGAUCUCAUGGAGUUAUCUCAGCCUGACAAACUAGCCCAGCUGCUAUCACCACGCAUCGUCAACUCUCAUAUGAAGCUGUGCGACUCUCCAGAUGAUGUGGCAGCUCUUAAGUGCAAAGUAAUCUACACCUUGCGAGACCCAAAGGAUGUUAUCGUCUCUCUGUACAAUCUCCUUUAUGACAGGCCCUGGUCCUAUGGUAGAUAUCAGGGGUCACUUGAGGAUUAUCUUCACCUCUUCUUGGACGGAACAGUGGAAGUUAAUGGCAUAUUUGAACACUGGAGAGACGCCGAGAAAUAUUUUAGUCAGCAUCCCGAAAUUCCAGUUCACUUGCAAAGUUAUGAAGACGCCAUCAAGGAUCCUGUACGUGCUGUUCAAACUCUGUCCGACUUCCUUGGGCUUCCUAGAGAUGACGAUCUGUGCCGAGCCAUUGCAGAGAAGUGCAACUUUUCCGGAAUGAAAAUCGACAAGGAGCCUUUCACAAUAAAAAUAGAUGGUGAAAACUGUUUGUACAGAAAAGGAAUCGUUGGUGACUGGAAGAACUGGUUCAACGACCAGAUGUUGGAGGACUACUACAGAGUCUACGAAGAAAAGAUGGCGGGGUCCAGAUUCUAUGAUACUUAUGCCAGGAGUAAAUACUAGCAUGUCCACACGUAAAUGUUUCUGUUGGAAUGGUCAUUAUCCACACUAAUCAGAGACGCAUUAAGCACUAAGCCUAACCUGCAUCACUGCUCUAAAUGGAGACAUAAUUCAGAGUGUUAUGUCUUUUUGAACUUAUUUCAUAAUGUAAACAAUGUGUCGUCAGAUUCAAUUAUAGACAGACUGAACUGAUAAAGCUAUUGUAUUAACCCUACAUGUCACAAUCAUUUUAUUACCUAGAGUUAAUUAUACAGAAUGUUUGUUAUAAUAUUUCAGUAACAAAUGGAAAUCUAAAGUCCAAACAGUUUGCCUUUACAUAUCCAUACAUCAUUUGCUUGGAUAAAUGAACUGACUUAUUUGUAAUAAUAAAUUCAUUUUAAGGUC